GCGCUGUCUUGACGUACAGCUCGGUCUGAAUGGAGAGGGGACUUUUUUGUUGUUGUUGUUUUGUAGUCCAUGCGCCAGUUGGGCAUGUUUCCCGUUGGACGAAUGCUGUGGAGUUUGACCUGUGCGCUGAAUCUCCUAAUGGAACCAACCAUUACCUCUCCCCCUCUGAUCUGAGUCGCACGCUGCUCGCAAGUUGGUGAGGGAAGGCGGAAGCUGUUCUCUGAAGUCUUCAUUGUCGUUGUAAUUGGAUCGAGAUGAGCGGGGUGUACGCCAAACCAGUAGUGUUCCUUGGCGAUAGGUGCACCAUCGCUCAGCAGCUGGGCGCCUCAAAGAGCCGACCGAGUUUCUUCAGUCGCCAAUCGUCGGGCAGUGGUGGCCACAAGAAGUUACAGGACGAGAAGAAAGCAAUCGGCACGGUGAAUGUCUCGGUGUCGUUGAAGCAGCCGGUUGGCAAAGUGUCGAAAGUGUCGGUGCCGGUGUGGCUUGUCAAUCCGAGUGAUGACCUGGCCGCGGUGCGACAUCUCUUGCUCUCACAGCCGUGCAGCGGAUGCUUUGUGUGGCUAGAUGCGCAGCUCUCCGAGGAUGAGAUGAUCAGCAAUGCCGUCAGGUGGAUACUGGAGUUGCGCCGCUGCUUGACGGCAGAGUGUGACACACGCCUGACAGUGUACCUGGCAGUGGUGUGGAAGUCGUCGGAUGUGUCUGCCACGCAGGCCACACCAGACUGGCGACGAGUGGCAGCCGGCGUACGGGAGCGUCUGGAGGUCGACAGCGAGGGCUACAGGAAGUUCCUGCGCCUGUGCCUGGAGGUGAUCCAGGUCGAUGGCACCCAACUGGAACCGAUCUUGUCGCGAAUCCGCGAGAUGGCCCACACUGACUUGAGCCUGCUGCACAGCUCUGGUAUCCUGGAGAAGGUGCAGUGUAUGAGUGCGAGAAUCGAGGCCAUACGCCGUCAAUGCAGCCUCUUUAUCGUGCCCCUGGAGGAGUUCCUGGAGCGUGCAAAGGAACUUCUGCGUUUGCAGAGCGAUGAGCAGCUCAAGCAAGUGACCAGAGCUAAUGGCCAGGUGAUACUGGUGGAGCGUGAUGGUUGGCUGCCGCAUGUCAUCGUCAACGUUGGCACUGCAGUGGACAUAUUCAGCCGGCUGCUGACGGACGACGACCUCCGGCAUAGGCACUCGCAGUUUGAUUGCCUGGCGCUGGCGCACUUGGCCGCCGCCUUUGGCGAGCUGAACGGCGAGCAGCUGCAGCUGCUGCUGACGGUCGUGCAGGAUCUGCAGCUGGUCUACCAGUGCGGCGUCAGCGUGGAUGGCGGCGGUGGUGGGGGUGAUGCGGCAGCGGCCGAACAGGACUGGUGUGUUCCGCUGCUUAACAGCGUGCGACGCGGCGGUGACAAGUGGCUGUCACGCUCUCGCCUCCGUGCCGCCGUCAACCUGCAGAUACCGGCGCCGGAGCUCUUUGCACGAAUCCAGGUUGCACUGGCGAGAGAGUUUGGCAAGAACAACGUGUCCCAAUGGCAGAACAGCAGCAAGCUGACAUCAUCACCGCAGGUGCUGCUCUGCUGCUCGGCACGGCACGACGUCAUCGCCUGGGACGUGGCGAGUUACGACGACGUCGCGCAUUCCAUGCACGACCGCAUUGGCAAGCUGGUGCUCGGGGAGUGCAAGCGGCACAUGCCGUUCGUGCGUUGCGUCACGGACGGUGCAGUGUCGGACGAGCACUUCCGCCACCUUAUUCAACAGAGCGAUGACGGGAACAGUAGGAGCACGCUGGAAAUAAUCGAGGAUGACUUGAUUCACCGCCAUGUCGUGCCAGCAAGAAACGAGGAGGCGGUGGCAAAUGAGCUAAAUGUCAGUGCCUGUGGUGGGAUUCAGAAGCACCUGCCGACAGAAGCAGGCGUUACUGCGUCGCCAUCGGUACCAUUACAUGUGGUACCUAUUCAGAUCCAUGACAGUGACUUUACCAGUCGUGGAUAUAUACCACCAUCAUCAAGGCCUGUGUAUCCCGUGACCAUACUGGAUUCACGGCCAACCGUGACUGCAUCACCACCAGAAAUGUAUACGGUUUUGCCUCCUCCAACAUCAUCAUAUCCCACCCGUCCUUCUGCUGCUGCUGCUGCUGCUGCUGCUGCUGCUGCUGCUGCUGCUGCUGCUACCAGCAAUGGCAGUGCAGUGUCGUCAGAUGGUAGUGUGACUGAUGAGGACAGCGGAGAUGAGACCGCUGGAGAGCCACCACUCGACGACGAUGUCCUGUUCUCGCCCGGCAGACUUCUCAUAAAGCAGAUGUCGUCCGCAGCCUGCCGGAGAAUCGCCGACCUGUGCGACUUCCAUGCGCGUCGAGGCUGGCAAGGGCUGCUGGAGGAAGCCAACUUUGAUCAAGCUGUGGACCAGGAGAUAUCCACCUCCACGCAAAGCAGAACUCGGCUUAUCUUGGAAAAGGCUGGGAGCAUGGGCCUCUCCAUAACACUGUUGUCCGGAGCCUUCAACAAGUUGAACAAUGUUGAAGCCAGCAAAGCUGUUGAUGCAGCGAAGGAAGAAAUCCUACAGGAGGUUCUGGCAGGCCCUCAGCCCUGUCCAAGAUUAGCGAGUCCACCGCCGGCUUUUGCCACGCUGCCCAUGAUACACCCAAGAGAGCCCCCACCCGGCUAUGUCCCACGCACGAGAGACGCAAAGGCGACAUACGCCAUCCCAGUUCCUGAAGGCGCAGACGUUGUGCCAAUCAGCUAUUAUUGGGAGUCGGAUGAGUUUGCAGCAGAAAUCGCAAAGUGGUGUGAACAGUUGCGGGGCGAAGGUAUCGACGUUCGCCUCGACCAGUUCGAGAAGGACGUCAUUCGCCAGGACAGCCUGAUCUUCUGGAAGGAGAACCUGUACAGCCAGGCGAAGUACGUUAUUGUAUUUGCAUCGCCGGGCUAUGCAACGCAUGCCAUGGACAGGCAAUCGCGCCUGACGCAGGAGGAACUGGAGGGGCUGCCCAACUACCCGUGCGGCUGCGAUGUCAAGACGGAGUAUAGCUGCUUGCUAUCGCCAGGAUUUACCAACAACCGACUCCACCCCGUGCCGGUACUGCUUGCCAACAUCAUUCGCGCACCUCGGUCGCAAUGCCUGCCAAUACUGCUGCAGUCGCCAGGUCUGUACAAACUGCCCAGCAAUGAGUUUGGACUGGUCUGCCGGCUGACUGGCCGGAAUCCCAACCCGCGGCCGGUUGUGAGCCAACAGCGUCCCCAGUUCAGACCCCAGGGGAUGCGUAACCCAUACUCCCGGAGCCAACUGGCCAAUGGCUUUCAUGGGCAAGACGGUCCACCGCCUCCGGUGAAUGAGAACAAUGCAUUUCAGCGUCGGCCACGUCGCAGCGGAUCUAACUUUGCAAGGCAUGUUCAAGCCCGAUCAUGACGCUCUCAGUCGACUGAGUGAACAGCAGGCGCAGGGAUGAUUCGGAGGAACCCGCUGCCACGCUGCCGGGCUGAGCAUGAGCACCGCCCGUCGGAAUGAGGACGUACACACUGUGCGUCGCUCUCACCGUCCUACCUGCUGCUGUCUUGAAUGCCUAUAUACGUAUACAUGUACAUAGAUGACUGAGCACUAUUUCUGUUCCCAACCAGCGCCCUUGUGAGCAAGCAGUCGGGAAGGCCGCACAAUGCUAUCACAGCGGCUAGGCAGGGUGUCUGUGCACUAUACAAAUCUGCAUUGUUCCCGGCAGCUGCUGCUCCAUUGUCCGUGUUAUGCUUGCACUUUUAAAACACUCUAAAAGUCUUUGCAGUUGACAUACUGUAGUACAUUCUACGGCUUUCCAACAGUACACAUCUUAGCAUCGUCAGCAGCAGCGUCAUCCACUACUGCUGAUGAAUUUCAUAGUUCGACGUUGAUAUUGAGAGGAUGCAUCCUUUCUCCUAUUCCCCCAUCCUGUCUGCACUGGCAUCGGAGUUCUCUGCUAGCAGCAAGGCCGAUAGAUUUGAGUACUUUCGAAAGGCAAUCCCCGGGUAACCGGUUGCUAUGGCCAUGGGUUGACGUGAAUACAACGUGUGGCCGCAUGUGCAAUCUGUACUUGUAUGUCUGUCAGUACAUGCUAUAGCCACUUUACGAAUGGUGUUGCCCUCAGCCUCGCCCUAUUCAUAGCAUUGUAACACAUACUAACAAUUCUCUGGGUCACUGUCAGUUCACAGAUUCUUUGUAAAUCACAAACUGAUGCAUGAUGCACUGUCUUUCAUGUACCAUCAGUUUAUACGGAAGUAUUUCAUAUUCGUGAAUUUUCUAAAAUAUGGUUCCAGUUAUUCCGCUUUCCAGUAAUUCUAAACAUUGUGUGUCUUGAUAA